GAUGGAAAAAAAUAACUCUCUUAAACUAUUUCUCUUUCAUUGUUGUUAGGGUUUGAUAAAUCUUGAUUUUUGUUGUAGGAGCUAUUAGAAGACCGAUUGAUCAUCAAUGAUGGUUCACAAGGAUUCUAAGUAAGUCUUCGUUGAGAGGAGGAAUUGGAGUUGGAAAACAUGUGUAUGUCUUCAUUGUGUGCAUGAAGUGUCUCACUUAAUAAUUACUGGAAGAUUUUUGUUUUUAUGAUCAGAUGUAUGUUGGUACAUUUCUUGUCGGUAUGGAUGCAGUUUAUUUGGUUAUAAAGUUAGAGAUAAAGUUAAUCGAAAUGAUUGUCUUUCUCACUGAAUUAGAGUUGUCGUUUGCUCAAAGUUUUCUUGUUGCUGUUAGCGGCAAGAUGAUGAGUCCAAUAUGCAACAACUCUUGUCUGCGUUGUCGUUUGAGUCAUGUUCAUAAUCUGGCAGGUUUGUUGUUCUUGAAGUGUUGGCUCAGUUCAUCAUCCGGUAGGAUCUCGUUUUGCUGGUUCACAAAACAUAGUUCAUGCCUUAUUGUUUGUUUUCUUUUGUGAUUCCGAAUCUAAGUGUAAACAGAGUUCAGUUAUGAAUUGUGUAACAAAUACAAUGGGUUUUAUUCAACCAUUUGAAUUUAUAAAUCCAAGUUUUAUU